GUGCGUGAACGAAGGCGUCUCAGCUGUGCCCUUCGUUGGUUUCUUCCUGACUUCUCUGGCCAGCUCUUAGGUUAAAAUAAGUCCUGCCUUAUUUUAACAGAUGUUUAUUAAACAUCUGCCCUGGCCAGGCCCUGAGCAGGCUCCAAGGACUCUGCCCUGAACACGGUAGGCCCCUCCUGGUGCCGGUGGGUGGAUGGGGGAAAUUAGUUCCAGUGUCCCACACGUGACUGCCUAAUUCCACAUGGGAUUUGCAUGUGGAAGAGGGAAACAGAACAGACCUUUCCUUCUGUGAGAGGGACGCUGGCCUGGACAGUCAGGAUGGGGAGAUGAGAGUAGAAGUUACUCAGAGCUACUUUAGGGCCCAGCACAUAAGUUAGAGAUACUUUGGGGCCUGGCACGUUGGCUCACACCUGUAAUCUCAGCACUUUGGGAGGCUGAUGCUGGAGGAUCGCUCCAGCCCAGGAGUUUGUGACCAGCCUGGUCAACAUGAGACCCCUGUCUCUACUUUUAAAAAUUAAAAAAAAAAAAAAAAGAUAUUUUGGGCAGAGAGAAGUGGCUGUGCAAAAGUGGGUGUUUGCUGAGUUUGUUCAAGGAGCUGAAAGGAGGCUGCAAGGGUGUGAGGGGCAGAGGGCCUGGGAGUUUGUGUGUGUCUGAGGGGGAUGGGAAAGGGAGUGUUACCUGGGCUGUGAAAAAAGCUCUUCCUUGCUGUCUGGUGGGAGUAGAGGUGGGAGGCCUCCAGGCCAAGGCAGGUGUGUGGGGCCCCAAGGCCCAGCUGGUGAGAGAACCUCACAGCUCCCAGGCUGUCCUUCCCCACCAGCCUCCCUGCCCUUCGCUAUCCUGACGCUGGUGAACGCCCCGUAUAAGCGAGGAUUUUACUGCGGGGAUGACUCCAUCCGGUACCCCUACCGUCCAGACACCAUCACCCACGGGCUCAUGGCUGGAGUCACCAUCACGGCCACCAUCGUCCUCCUACGUGGCUGCUGUAUACAAGGUACUAGGGACCUUCCUGUUCGGGGCGGCUGGGAGCCAGUCUCUGACAGACCUGGCCAAGUACGUGAUCGGGCGUCUGAGGCCCAACUUCCUAGCCGUCUGCGACCCUGACUGGAGCCGGAUCAACUGCUCGGUCUAUGUGCAGCUGGAGAAAGUGUGCAGGGGAAACGCUGCGGACGUCACCGAGGCCAGGUGGGUGUGGACUAGCAGCCUUCACUCUUGGGGGGAAUGGGAGCUGAAGAAGGCCCAGGAGCCAAAUCAUGAAGAGCCAGCAGGCAGCUGGCCAGGCAGGAGCCAGACCUCAGGGUUCCGUGGGCCCCGCAGACACUGGGAGGCCGAGGGGAGCAUGCCCUGUCUCCGUCUCCCCUAAAUUUCACACCCUGCCUUCUUCUGCACUAUCUUUUUUUUUU